UUGGGCCCGCCCUCCAAAUCAUGUGAUUCAGGUGUUCCAAUCCCCUCCAAAUCAUGUGAUUCAGGUGUUCCAAUCCCCUCCCAAUCAUGUGAUUCAGGUGUUCCAAUCCCCUCCAAAUCAUGUGAUUCAGGUGUUCCAAUCCCCUCCAUAUCAUGUGAUUCAGGUACUCCAAUCCCCUCCAUAUCAUGUGAUUCAGGUGUUCCAAUCCCCUCCCAAUCAUGUGUGAUUCAGGUGCUCCAAUCCCCUCCCAAUCAUGUGAUUCAGCUGCUCCAAUCCCCUCCAUAUCAUGCGAUUCAGGUGUUCCAAUUCCCCUCUAUAUCAUGGUGAUUCAGGUGUUCCAAUCCCCUCCAUAUCAUGUGAUUCAGGUGUUCCAAUCCCCUCCAUAUCAUGUGAUGCAGGUGUUCCAAUCCCCUCCAUAUCAUGUGAUUCAGGUGUUCCAAUCCCUCCAAAUCAU